UGUAUUGAACAGAGAGACAAAGUGCCCUAGCGCACCACGUCUGGUCGCCGUUUAAAGUGUUCCGGCGCCAUACGUUGUAUUUUUCUAUUUGCGUAAAAGGAUACCUAUCUCUGAAUGAAUGAAAUGUCACAUGGUAUUUUUUUAGUUCAGUAAUCUACGAAACAAAGGCAGUUCUGUGGAUAAGUGUGAUUUUUUUUCUCCCUGCUAUCCCCGAAGAAUUCUGGAACGGGAAUAUCUGAAACGGACUGAGAAUUGAUCAAAACCCUUCACCGAUGCCUUAGUUGUGCAUAUCAUUAACACAUGGUUCGGCUGGAAAUCGUACAUACUGUAAUCCCUUUGGAUUAAUUAAGGAAGGAACAUGGAUAAUUUCUUUACAGAGGGGGACCGUGUUUGGUUGCGAGAAGAUGACCAGUAUCUCCCCAGCACCGUGUCAUCCUGCUCAGGGGGUGUGGUCGUGUUCACUACUGACUACGGACAGGUGUACACCUACAAGCAGAACGCCCUGACGAGGCAGAAGGUGCAGGCCAUGCACCCCAGUAGCAGCGUCGGUGUGGAGGACAUGGCUGGGCUGGGAGACCUCCACGACGGAGCCAUCAUGCACAACCUGUUCCUCCGCUACCAGCAGAAGAACAUCUACACGUAUAUCGGCUCCAUCCUGGCAGCAGUGAACCCCUACCAGCCAAUCCCCCACCUGUACGACCGGUCAACCGUGGAGCUCUACAGCAGGCACUUCCUGGGGGAGAUCGCUCCGCACAUCUUUGCCGUGGCCAACGAGUGCUACCGAUCCCUGUGGAAAAGGCAGGAGAACCAGUGCGUUCUGAUCAGUGGUGAAAGUGGGGCUGGAAAGACGGAGAGCACCAAGCUGAUCCUCAAGUUCCUGUCGGCCAUGAGCCAGCACUCCCUGGAGACCUCAUCCAAAGAGGGGACGUCCCACGUGGAGCAGGCCCUGCUGGAGAGCAGUCCGAUCAUGGAGGCCUUCGGAAAUGCCAAAACCGUCUACAACAACAACUCCAGCCGCUUCGGGAAGUUCGUGCAGCUCAACUUCUGCCAAAAGGGGAACAUCCAGGGGGGUAAAAUUGUGGACUAUUUACUAGAGAAGAACCGGGUCGUGAGGCAGAACCCUGGAGAGAGAAACUUUCACAUAUUCUACGCUCUGCUGGCUGGGUGUGACCCAGAGCAGAGGGAGGCCUUUGGUUUGUCCAAACCGGACACCUACUAUUACCUGAAGCAGUCCGGAUGCGUGGCGGACAAGACAAUCAAUGACAAAGACACUUUUCAGGAAGUUCUGACCGCCAUGCGGAUCACGCAGUUCAGCGAGGAGGGCAUCCGGGAGAUCCUGCGGCUGCUGGCGGGGAUCCUGCACGCCGGGAACAUCGAGUUCAUCACCGCCGGCGGGGCGCAGGUCUCGUCCAAGUCAGCUCUAAGCAGGGCGUCGGAGUUGCUGGGGCUGGACUCUGCACAGCUGGCCGAGGUGCUGACCCACAGAUCCAUGAUUCUCAGGGGGGAGGAGAUCAGCACCCCACUCACUGUAGAGCAGGCGGUGGACUCCAGAGACUCUAUGGCCAUGGCACUUUACUCCCAGUGCUUCACCUGGAUCAUCCGGAAGCUCAACAACAGGAUACGAGGAAAGGAGGACUUCAAGUCCAUCGGGAUCCUGGACAUAUUUGGGUUUGAGAACUUUGAGGUCAACCGAUUUGAACAGUUCAACAUCAACUAUGCAAAUGAGAAACUUCAGGAGUACUUCAACAAGCACAUAUUCUCACUGGAGCAGCUCGAGUACAACAAGGAAGGGCUGGUCUGGGAGGACAUCAACUGGAUGGAUAAUGGUGAAUGCUUGGAUCUAAUCGAAAAGAAACUUGGAAUCCUGGCACUAAUUAAUGAGGAGAGCCACUUUCCCAAAGCCACUGACAGCACUUUGUUGGAGAAGCUCCAUGGUCAGCACUCGAAAAACUCCUUCUAUGUGAAACCACGUGUUGCCGUCCACUUCUUUGGGGUGAAGCACUACGCCGGGGAGGUGGUGUACGACGUGAGGGGCAUCCUGGAAAAGAACCGCGACACCUUUCGGGAUGACGUACUCAACCUGCUGCGAGAGAGCAGGUUGGACUUUGUCUAUGACAUGUUCGAGCACGUCUCCAGCCGCAAUAACCAGGACACCCUCAAGUGCGGCUCCAAGCACAGAAAGCCCACCGUCAGCUCCCAGUUUAAGAAUUCUUUGCACUCCCUGAUGGCCACCCUCAGCACAGCCAAUCCAUAUUUUGUGCGCUGCAUCAAGCCCAACACUGACAAGAUGCCUGAUCACUUUGACCAGACGGUGGUUCUGAACCAGCUCAGGUAUUCCGGCAUGCUGGAGACGGUGCGGAUCCGCCGGGCCGGUUUCCCCGUCAGGAGGCCCUUCCAGGAUUUCUGUGCCAGGUACAAGGUUCUGAUGCGGGACCUGUCCCUGCCGGACGACCCCAGGGGGAAGUGUACCGGGCUGCUCAGCCUCUACGACAGCAGCAGCGCCGAGUGGCAGCUGGGGAAGACCAAGGUGUUCCUGCGGGAGUCUCUGGAGCACAAGCUGGAGAAGCAGAGGGAGGUGGAGGUCCUCCGCGCCGCCAUGGUCAUUCAGGCGCACGUCAUGGGCUACGUGGCACGGAAGCAGUACAGGAGGCUGCUGCAGUGCAUUGUGGUCAUCCAGAAGAACUAUCGGGCUUUCUACUGGAGGCGGAGGUUCCUGCAUCUGCGCUGGGCGGCACUCACCUUCCAGAAGCUUCUGAGGGGCCGGCUGGCCCGCCGGGCGUACUGCCAGCUGCUGGAGGAGAGGAGGAGGAGGGAGGAGGAAGAGCGGCGCAUGAGGGCGGAGGAGGAAGAGAGGGAGAGGCAGAAGAUGGAGGUGGAGCGUCUCGCUCGCGAGGAGGAAGAGGCCCGGCGGUUGGAGGAGCUGGCCGCCCGCGCACAGGAGGCAGAGGUGGAGACGGAGGCGGAGGAGCGGGAGCCGCGCCCACCGGACACCACGCAGGUGGAAGAGAUCCUGCGGCUGGAGCGGGAGAUCCAGGAGCUGCAGCGGCAGAAGGAGCAGCAGGAGCUGUCGCUGACGGAGGCCUCUCUGCUCCGGCUGGAGCGCCUGCGGGACGAGGAGCUCCGGCGGCUGGAAGACGAGGCCUGCCGCGCCGCACAGGAGUUCCUGGAGUCGCUCAACUUCGACGAGAUCGACGAGUGCGUCCGCCACAUCGAGAGCUCGCUGGGCACGGCCGCCGAGAAGCCGGGCUUCAGCCCGACCCGCGGCCCGGGCGGCGGGCGGGAAGACGAGGAGGAGGUGGACGAGGGCUUCGGGGCCGACGACGAGGCCUUCAAGGACUCACCCAACCCCAGCGAGCACGGCCACUCGGACGGCCAGCGCACCAGCGGCAUCCGCACCAGCGACGACUCGUCCGAGGAGGACCCUUACGUCAACGACGGCGUGGCCCCGCCCCCUCCCCCCCCGGCCCCGCCCGUCCCUCAGGCCUACCACAGCGCCUCCUCCAGCGCCGACUCCGCCUACUGCCGACUGCAGGGCCCCGACGCCCAGGACGGGGACGCCGUGGACCUAAUCCCGCCUGACGAGGACUCGGACUACGACCAAGAUGACUACGAUGAAGGCGCCAUUGUCUCUGCAGGGAGCCUGGCCCUCUCCAACCCCCGCAGUGGACAGUGGUCACCUGACUACCGCUGCUCGGUGGGCACCUACAACAGCUCUGGAGCCUACCGCUUCAGCUCAGAGGGAGCACAGUCCUCAUUCGAGGACAGCGAGGACGACUUUGACAGGUUUGACACUGACGACGAGCUGUCCUACCGGCGGGACUCGGUCUACAGCUGCGUCACCCUGCCCUACUUCCACAGCUUCCUGCACAUCAAAGGGGGACUGAUGAACACCUGGAAGCAGCGCUGGUGCGUGCUGAAGGACGAGACCUUCCUGUGGUUCCGCGCCAAGCAGGAGGCCCUCAAGCAGGGCUGGCUGCACAAGAAAGGGGGCGGCUCCUCCACGUUGUCCCGUCGCAACUGGAAGCGCCGCUGGUUCGUGCUGCGGCAGAGCAAGCUCAUGUACUUCGAGAACGACAGCGAGGAGAAGCUCAAGGGCACGCUGGACAUGCAUGCCGCCAAAGAGAUCGUGGACAACACGGGGAAGGAGAACGGGAUCGACAUUGUUAUGCCGGAUCGCACCUACCACCUGAUUGCCGAGUCUGCUGAAGAUGCCAGCCAGUGGUUCAGCGUCCUGAGCCAGGUCCACAGCUCCACCGAGCAGGAGAUCCGCGAGAUGCACGACGAGCAGGCCAACCCCCAGAAUGCAGUGGGGACCCUCGACGUCGGGAUGAUCGAUUCUGUGUGCGCCUCCGACAACCCUGAGAGGCCCAACUCGUUCGUGAUCAUCACGGCCAACCGCGUGCUGCACUGCAAUGCGGACACGCCCGAGGAGAUGCACCACUGGAUCACCCUGCUGCAGCGCUCCAAAGGCGACACGCGCGUCGAGGGACAGGAGUUCAUCGUCCGAGGAUGGCUUCACAAGGAGAUGAAGAACAGCAGCAGGGCCUCCUUGAAACUGAAGAAACGCUGGUUCCUGCUCACCCACAACUCCCUGGACUACUACAAGAGCUCAGAGAGGAAUGCCCUCAAGCUGGGCACGCUGGUGCUCAACAGCCUCUGCUCCGUGGUGCCACCCGACGAGAAGGUCUUCAAGGAGACAGGCUACUGGAACGUGAUAGUGUACGGUCGGAAGCACUGUUACCGCCUCUACACAAAGCUUCUCAAUGAGGCCACGCGCUGGUCCAGUGCCAUUCAGAAUGUCAUCGACACCAAGGCCCCUAUUGACACGCCCACCCAGCAGCUCAUACAGGACAUUAAGGAGAACUGCCUGAAUGGCGAGGUGGUGGAGCAGAUCUACAAGAGGAACCCCAUCCUGCGCUACAGUCACCAUCCCUUGCACUCACCCCUGCUCCCCCUGCCCUAUGGAGACAUCCACCUCAGCUUGCUGAAGGACAAGGGCUACACCACUCUCCAGGACGAGGCCCUCAAAGUCUUCAACUCGCUGCAGCACCUGGAGGGCGUGGCCGACCCCGUGCCCAUAAUCCAGGGCAUCCUGCAGACGGGGCAGGACCUGCGGCCCCUGCGCGACGAGCUCUACUGCCAGCUGGUCAAGCAGACGACGCGGGCGCCACAGCUGGGCAGCCCGGGCAACCUGCGCACCUGGCAGAUCCUGGCCUGCAUGAGCUGCACCUUUACCCCGUCCCGCAGCAUCCUCAAGUACCUCAAGUUCCACCUUAAGAGGACCCGGGAGCUCUUCCCCAGCACAGAGAUGGAGAAGUACGCCGCCUUCGCCCACGAGUCCCUGAAGAAGACCAAGACACGGGAGUUCGUUCCGUCCCAGGAGGAGAUCCGCGCCAUCAUCGGCCGGCAGGAGAUGACCACCACGGUGCACUGCCACGGCGGCGGCUCCUGCAAGAUCACCAUCAACUCCCACACCACCGCGGGAGAGGUGGUGGAGAAGCUGAUCCGGGGGUUAGCCAUGGAGGACAGCCGUAACAUGUUCGCCCUGUUCGAGCACAACGACAGCGUCGACAAAGCCAUCGAGAGCCGGACUGUGGUGGCCGACGUCCUGGCCAAGUUUGAGAAGCUCUCAGCUAGCCAAGAGGAGCACAAUACAGGAUGGAAAUUCUAUUUCAAACUCUACUGCUUCCUGGACACUGACAAUGUGCCUAAGGACAGCGUGGAAUUUGCCUUUAUGUUUGAGCAGGCCCACGAGGCAGUGAUCCGUGGCCAGUACCCCGCCCCCGAAGAGACUCUCCAAUUCCUGAGCGCCCUGCGCCUCCAGUACCUGCUGGGAGACUACAGCCCCCAGGCAGCCGUGCCCGAGAUGGGCCAGGUGUUCCCCAUGGGGCGGCUGCGGGCCCGCAUCAGCCAGUCGGCCCGGACGUUUUCGCCCACGGGGCCCGAGCGGGGGGACCGGAAGCGCUCCAGCUUCCUGGAGGGCACCCUGCGCCGAAGCUUCCGCAGCGGCUCGGUCAGCCGGCAGCGGCUGGAGGAGGAGAACAUGCUGGAGGCCUGGAUGCGAGAGGAGAUCGCCGCCGUCCGCGCCAGCCUGCUGGAUAAGUGGAAGAGGCUGCAGUCCAUGACCCAGGAGCAGGCCAUGGUCAAGUACAUGGCCCUGGUGAAGGAGUGGCCCGGGUACGGCUCCACCCUCUUCAACGUGGAGUGUAAGGAUGGCACCUUCCCCCAGGAGCUCUGGUUAGGGGUUAGUGCAGAGGCCAUCUCUCUGUAUAAGCGCGGGGAGCCCCGCCCCCUCGAGGUCUUCCCCUACGAGCACAUUCUGUCCUUCGGGGCACCACUGCCCAAUGCUUACAAGAUCGCAGUGGAGGGCCGGGAGCUGCUCUUCGACACCAGCUUGGUGGUGGACAUUGCCAAGCUCAUGAAAGCCUACAUCAGCAUGAUCGUCAAGAAGCGCUACAGCACCUCCCACUCCGUCAGCAGCCACGGCAGCCAGUGCAGCAGCCGCUGAAAGGGCCGCCUUUGACCUUUGACCUCUGACCUCCGUGGAGCAGAACCGCACCCACGCUGCAGCCUCGCCUGAGAUCUCCUCCCCCCCCAGCCAGCCUGCCUCAGGUCCUCUCCGGACAGCCAAUCAGAGACCUACUUCUUCUGACGUCCGCAGCCGACUCGCAAAAAACAAAAGAGAAAGACAAGAAUGCUUUUUAAUGAGCUCUCCCCGGCUUUUGAGCGCUGCUCGAAAGCAACGUGGGGAAACAUGUUGGGAAAGACGAGGGUGACAGUUAACCUUUAGUAUUUCAUGCCUUUACGAUCGUAUUAGAAGCACAGUGGGGGGGAGGGCGGAUUGUAACUGCCAAGUGUUCUUGUGGCUCACUCGUGCUUAUGUUAAGGAAGUUGCGUUCCUAAGAUUGAUGAAGCCUUUAAUCAGAGCAGUUUCCUCCUCUCCUGAAAGCUCAGGGGUGCCACACUCCGAAGAGGCCAUUAUCUCGGCCACGAUGCGCACUACACAUUUCGACAGCAGCCGAUCCGAUUUCAAGUCAUGACACAAGCAACAGAUACAGAAACGACCGAAUAACAAAACAAUGUUUGUUACAUUCAAGAAGCUUUACUUAAGCGUGUGAGGGACACGAACAGACCACUGCUCGUGAGAGAACCGCUCCAAACGUGCCUUAUUUUGAUAAAGCCCAAACGUUGACAGCAAGCACUUCUGUCUUAGUAGCGUGAAAAGAGAAACUUUUUUCCAAAAUUCAAAGCAAGCAACAUUCUGAGCUGUCUGUUUCAUUCCCUCAGCAAAGUGCUCCUCGGUUUUCUCUCACUAGCUAAGAUGUAACGUCCUCACAACGUAGCUGUUACUUUGCAGCGGCUCCUUAGCUGUGCCCCGGUUUGCAUCAUUUCGCUGGAAGUCCGCAGGCGGCCUUCCACCCAGAGGUUGCCGAAAUUGUGCCUUUUUUUGUAUAAAAUGUACACAUGUACUCGCUCAUCCUGUUUGAUUUCAAAUAUGGUAAUGUGCAAUGUUUUAUAUUAUCAAAUGGCUGUACAUUUUUUAGACAGAAAUUCUAGC